CUGUUUCCUUUUCCAGUUGCAAAGAGGUCAGGAGCCAGGCAAGGAGAGCCCGAACAAGAGGAGCAUUUUCCUGGGCUCUUCCAGCUGUUUUGUUCAAUCCCGUCGUCGGUUCUGAGCAGGGAAGAGAGACUGUCAACACAAAUAAGGCAUUUUUCAAAGGCGUAAAUUAUGAGUUACCAAAACAAUACGACAUCUCAACCACAGGAUGACAUCGAGAGCCCCACAGCUGGAACAGAUGUGGCUGUUAUUGGAGGUGUGAUUGCUGCAGUGGUGUUUGUCCUCAUUUGCCUGCUGGUGGUGAUGGUCCGUUACAUGUACAGACAUAAGGGCACCUACCAUACCAAUGAGGCAAAAGGAACCGAGUUUGCCGAAAGUGCAGAUGCUGCUUUGAAAAAUGACCCUGCUCUCCAGGAAGCAGUGGAUGAGAGCAAAAAGGAAUAUUUCAUCUGAGAGGCAAGGAUUUCCAUGGAGACUUCCCCAAGGGAAUCAAUCAGAAAUGCUACAUCAACAGAAGAGCUAAGAGAUGGAUAGUAUUAGGAUACAGGCAAGCAUCCUAAUUGAAAAGUAUUUCUUUACCUUUUUUUUGUCACUGGGAUAUUUCUUGUCCUCUGCCAGUGAAGAACUAAAUGCCAGAUACUUGCCUGUUGAUUUUAUUAGCAACACAGCUGGUCACAGUUGAAAUCAAUAUCUCACAAGAAGAAACAAAAUCUCAGUAAGAGUGAUACACUAAAACCGGAUAAAGAUAGCAAAUGUCAAGCCUUGACAUUUGUUGAAAAUAACAGAUGCCAACAGAAAACAUCCUCUUAGAGUUAAUGAUGCAUCCUAUGCUGAUAUGAUACAGAACUACCUGAAAUUGAAUUUCAAAUGGUCACAGGAUAAAUAUUAAACUAGAUGAAGCUAAUGUAGCUGGAACUGAAAUAGCUUUGUAUCCAAGAUAUCUCCUCCCUCCCAUAAAUGUGCUAUUUUGUUGGCACAGGGGAAUUCCAUUUGUUUGCUUGGGAAUUUAGAUUGGGAUUUUUUUUUAAUUGUUUGAAUUUUAAAUAUCUAAAAGUCAGACACUUCAAAGAAAUGAAACUGUUAAAAAACAUGGGAAAUGUAAGAAUGAAGGAUUUAUUUCUAACUUACUCUGCAUGGCAACCUGAGAACUGUAAAUUUUUGGAAUUUACAAUAUGGUGUAUAAUAGUCAGUAGACUUACAAAUAUGAUUCCAAAUAGUUGGUAGGUUCCCUGCAUGCAUGCAUAAAUAGAUAGAUUUUAAAAGGUAAAGCAUCUUGGUUUGAACAGGCCUUUUGAAACAACAGAGGUCUACUUGAUUCUUUCAAGAUUUUUCUGCCUGAGUAUUUAUUUAUUUAUUUUGCAUUGGAAAAUUCUCUUGAAUGCCUGCCAGAAGGAUUUUGGUUUUUUGCAGGGAGAGGGAUUCGGUUUUGGUGCAGAUACUGAUAAAACUUUUACAAAUGCAGCCGUAAGACUGCCACUAUGAAAAAGCUUGCACUGUAUCUGCAUCCCACUUGUAUCAAUGUCUCCCUCUGUGUGGCCUCAGUAUAGCUUUUAUAUUGUGCUAGGUAAGAGAAUUACACUGACCAUCAAUGCUUUCUUAUAAAUAAAUAAAUAGAUUAUUCAUGGUGGGUAAAAUGAAAAGAUCUUAUUCCUCACCGAAGAAUCAACGGUGAUGAGUUUCUCUACCCUAGUAGGCUUCCUAAUUGAAGCCCAUAAUUAGUUCCAGAAAUAGAAUAGUUGUUCUCUGCACCUCCUCAUCCCAAGCUGCAAUGGUGCCCUGGACCACUAAACAUAAAGGCGGAGAAAUAUACGAUAAGAAAUUACACUGAUGAGGUCUGCUCAACUCAAUAUGUUUUUCCCUAUGUUUUGAUAUAUGUAUGUGUGUACUCACACAAACACAAAUAUAUGUGUAUAUAUACAUACACAUAUGUGUGUCAUCUACAACUGUGGUUUCAAAACGUUGCUGGUCGCUUGUGCUCACUUCUUGGCACACAAGCUUGGAAAGCUCCUGGACUCCAGUACUGAUUAUCAACACUGUCCACAAAAAUGCUGUGAGAGAAGACAGAUCUGAACAAGAAAAGACUCUGAGUGAAGAAAUGGGAUGUUUUUGUCUUUUUAGUCACAAUCUCAGUCUUUUCUCAGAACCUGAAGGAAAUGGACUUGAUUCUUAGAAUCCAAAUAGCUUUGCUUUUGAAUCUUAAAUACCUAUGUGUUUGCAUUUUAACCAAAGAAUAUCAAAAUCAUGCCAAAUUUACUAAAUGCUAAGGAGAUGUUUGUAACAUAUCAUCACAGAACUGCAUUGUUUUCUGUGACUAGUGCAGUAUAAAAUGCACAAAACCCAACACUAGAAGAGCUCAAAUAUUUUGAUAUUAUGCACCUGACUGUUUCCUUCUCAGAUACAUUACUAUUUUAAUAUUUUUACUACUUUUGAAAAAGGAAUUGGUUUUAUUUUUCUAGGACAAGUGUUGGAGAAAUUCUUUAAUAUUAGCUGUAAGACUGAGUUUGUAAAACUGUGGACCCUUGACCCUCUAGUUCAAUAAAAAUGUAAAUACUUCCUCUGAGGAGAGGGUACGUGGAGUGACUUAAGCUCUGCUGCAUCUCCCACACAAAGCAUGGCAACUCUAAAAAAACUUUCCUCCAGUGCUAGCAGGACCUACAGAGGGCUUCCAGCCAUUUGUCCCUUUUCAUAUAUUCAGACCAUGUAAUGUAAGUUUGGCUGUUAAAGAAAAUUAACUUUAGAGGAAGGUGUGAGGGACACAGGGAAUAAAUUCCUGCUUUCCUCUCCAGUCAUGAAAUUCUGGUUUUUUUGUAACUUGACCCUGCUAAUUAUAAAUAGAAAACUGUGUCAUACCCAAUACAUGUAAGAACCUGAAUUAGUGUCUCUUUUGGGGUGUGUGUGAGUUUUUCAAUUAUGAAGUGGACUGAGGCAGACCAGCUGUCCACACUGGAACUAGAGAAGCCAGAAAUUCUGGUAGUAGAGCAUUUCAGUGGAGCUCAGCCAAUUCUGAGCCAUACAGUCAACACCAGACUUUGUGUCAUUUAUUUCCCCAGAUCUGAACUGAAUGCAACUACUGGUCUUUGACUACAUCCUUUCUUAGUAGCCUAAUUAUAUCUAUUUAUCCCAUUUUGCCCAUUUAUCUAGGCUGACAGUCCGAGCAUACUGCAACAGCUUCCCCAUUGGUAAUGACACACUUUGAAGAUUUGCAGAGUAGUGACUCUGGCAAGAGCUACGGUUUCAGUUAGUUUAUUUUUUACAGCGUUCUUUUGGGUUCCAGGGUUUUGUAUAUUUAGUAAUGACUCGAGCACACUGAACAGAAACAAUAGAUGGUUUGUGGAUAUUUUCUGUUUAUUUGGUAUUUUUCAGGAUAAAUUUUGCUUUGUAUUGAAGAAAGCUCAUCACAUCUGAUUACUGGUAGAUGCUAACAGCCUGGUCCUGCUAUUUUCUACUCAUGCUGUCUUGAGUCAUUCGAUUAAUGCAGUACAAACUUCCUAUAACUUUUAGGACUAAUUAGCAAAACAUCCUUCUGCAAGAAGCAUGCUGUGAUAAAACAAACAUUAUGUACCACACUGAGAUGUCUCAGUUGGCAGACACAGCUUUUCAUCACUGAUGAUUGAAUGAUUUUUACAAUUUGCUUCCUGAAUUGGAGAAUUAAGGAAACUUACUUUUAUCCCAUGUCCCUCCACUGUUAUUCCCUGUUUUCCUGCAGCUCUCUGGUGCCCCAUCUCCCCACUCGUGACUGUUAUCCUUGCUUGCAGAUCCUUUGGCUCCCAUCUGGAUCCCUAUGGCCUUCUCUAUGGGAAAGGAUUGGCCACUUACUUAAGUAUUUAUUUAUUUAUUUUAAUCAGUGAAGAGACUGUCCCUUUCUGCCAGCCAAGAACCGAUUUUUACACAGGCUUUAGGUUUGGACUUCCAAUGCUAUAUCAAAUUUGCUCAAACCUGACAAACCUGUCUUAAGACUGAUUUACAGAAUGAUCACAUAGGCCACAUAUUCACAGAAAACCACUCUAGAAAUAGUACAGCAAGGUCUCUAGUUAGUUAAAUUUAGUGCUAUAGAUCUUUAGUGUUCAGUAAACAAGGGAGAAGAAUGACAAUCCCUCAAGCAACUCAUUUUUUUCCUGAUGGUUUAAUGCCCUGUGAAAGUUUGUUGAAUUCUACUUUGCACAGAAAGCCACUGGCUUAUGUUUAGAAAUAUAAGUAACAUUUCAAUGAUGUAUAGGAAAGCUGUGCAUUAAAGUUACCAGUAUUUGCUGGGGCUGGAAGACAGAAGAUACAUAUGAUAUUGUAGGAACACAAGACAUUUUUUAAAGAUAUACAGAAAUGACAAGAGUUAAAUAUAAUAUUUCUAGUUACGUUGGUCAGCCCCUGCAGCAGCUUUACAGCUCAGCAAGUGAUUCUGUCCAAAAGCAGUCAGUCCCGAAUUUGUACCUGGUCACCCAUUACCUGAUACACAUCAUUUCUAGGGCUCAGCCUCUAUCAUUCCAGCAUUUCCUGAGGUCCAAUGUGCUACUGCAUAUUAAUGCAGUCCUGAGGAGUAUGUAGUGAGUUACUGGUCAAAGUAACUGCUUAUAUAUACUUUUUUCUUUUUAGAACAACAGGACCAAAUCACUUUGGGGGACUAUUAAAAAUAUAAUCGUCAGAUUCCUCAGAAGGUUAACAUCAGUUUUUCUCUAAAAUCAAAUCUAGGGAUCAUUGAGAGAACACUAGGACAGGAAAAUAAAAAGGACUGUUCCCUUUUAAGGUGCUGAAACAUUUAUAGCUGCAGGGUAAGUAGGAUAGCACCGCUAGCUACAGCCUGUGAGAAUUCCUCAUAGAGUCCAGGAAAGACUGAGACAAGAUGCAAAUCAGUAAAAAGUUACAGAGAGGAAGAAGGUAAUUAAAUGCCAAUAGAAUUGGAAAGCAGGUUUUCAUCAAAUAAAAUAAAUAUUGCCAUUUAGAGAAAUCCAAGUGCAUUUGCUGAAGGUAACUGCUGACAAAAAAUUUAUUUUAAUUAUAUCAGGUGUUUGAAUUCCUCGCGUGUGCCAGUCCAGUCAAAAAAUACUGGUAAAUAUACACUAAAAGAGUACUCAUGUUAAAAGCAUUAAGAGCUGUUUAUUGUGUUUUCAAAAAUCUCUCAGUUCUUCACAUAAGAAAGCUUUGUGUUUAUAAAAUGCAGAAACUUCACAGAAGCAGUUCAUAUAAGAUAGUAAGCUAAAGAACCUCUGAGCAAGCGAUGAACACAUACCUGAUUUCUGGAAAUUGAGGUAGUUAAUAAAGGAAGUUAACAACAUAAAAGAAAAACAUAUUGUGAGUAAAAAUUUCCAUGAUAUUACAGACAAAUUAAAUGGUUUUAGUAGUAGAAGUCCUCUGCUUGCUAAGAAGGCAAUAUAGUCACUGACUGGAAAUAAGGAGUUCUUAUUCUACAUGACUGAUCCCUGUGUGGUGAGAUAAGAUCCCACUGAAAUCAGUGGCACAAGAAUUUCACUGACUAUAUUUAUCCUUUCUGCAAUAAAAAUUUUCUCACUCAUGUCAGAAAGAAACACACUAAAUUAAAGUAGAAAUCUUUAUAAGUGCUGAUCUUUCAGCAUAACCUCAUGUCUUUACACCAUUUUUCUGUUGUUUCAAACUGUAUAUAUGAUGGAAAAUAUCUGAUAUCUUGUAUUAAAAUCUGCUUGAAUCGCAGCAUUGCUAUGACAAGAAUAUAGAACACAGAGUGUUCAAACCUUACUGUUGACUCUAUGUUAAAGUUGAUGAUAAUGUUUGUAUUUACCAAAGCUAUUAAUACACUGCUGGUGUAGAUCUACUAUAUUUUGAAUUUAAAAAAAAAAAAAAAAAAGCCAAAAAUAGAAAAAAGAAAUAACUUUACAAUUAAAGUCGUAGUUUUCAGCAUUUGAACUAUUGUUCUCAUAUUUUUGUUUUCUUUUAAAAUACCAUGAACUUCGAGAAUUCCAGUUAUGUUGUUCUUAUAAAAACAUAGAUCAAAAAGGAAUAGUCAACUGGAAGUUUUCUCAAUGGAAGAUACAAACCCUAAAAGAUACACUGCUAGUAUUGGGAUUAAAAAAAAAACAAGAGAACCUUUUGAUAGUUCUAAGAAGGAGUCAAAAAAUAGAAGAAAUCAAAAAAUAAUUAGCUCUGAAGGAAUCCUGUGGAUACCACUGUAGACCUGUACACUUAAUAUCUAACACACAGUAUUCUUAAAAGUUCCCAGCAGGCUUACAAACAUCUCAUGGGUUUGUAAGCCCAUCUGAUGGAUGGGCUACCUUCAACGCAACAGUACCAAAUGUGAAUACUGCUUUGCUCUUCAUGCUUUCCAUACAAUUUCUCUUUUAUCCCUAGUUAAACAAUAUUCUAGAGGCUAUGCCUAGUAUAAUACGUAUUGUAAUCUUACCUCUGCCACAGCAGGUCUUUAAGUGAUAUGUUGCUGCGUCAGAAUAAUGUCUCAAAUUAGUGAAAAUCUGGAGGGUAACAGAAGUGCAGUACAUAAUCUGAGUUUUAGUAUCUGUAAGUAGAGAAAUUGUGAUAAGACCAGCUCUUCCAAUGGGCCUUUCAUGUGCUGUGGGACUUUGAUGUAUAAAACUGUUUGGAGGCCAGCGUAACCAAAUGGUUCAUUAGCAAUGCUCUCGCUGGGAUGACAAACAGAGACAUAAGACUACUGAGGACUGCACACUGCAUCCUCCAUUAUUAGCAAGUUUAUAAUGGAGGUUUGACCUUGACUUUAUACCAUAUCUGACCAUGGGAUUCAGAGUUAUUGGAAGUGCUUCAGCACACAAUUACAUGGAGACUGGUCAUAGGUCGUUGGCUGUUUGCUAAGAAAUAAUGGAAGUGUUUGGGGAUCAGAGGUGACCAGUAGUUGAUAAGCUUACAGCAGAAACGAGGAGUUAAGUAAAGGAAAAAAUAAAGGGAAGUGUAUGAAAAUAAGAAUUCUUAGCAAUAUGUGUCAUCACAUAGCAACAUCCUACACACAGAAGCAUGGAAUCACAGAAUCAUAGAACAGUUUGGGUUGGAAGGGACCUUAAAGAUCAUCUAGUUCCAACCCCCCCUGCCAUGGGCAGGGACAUGUCCCACUAGAUCAGGCUACUCAAAGCCCCACCCAACCUGGCCUUGAACACCUUCAGGGACAGGACAUAACCUCCAGGGAUGGGGCACCACCUCCAGGGAUGGGGCAACACUUCCAUGGAUGGAGCAUGAACAUCUCAAGCCAGCAGGACAGGACAGAGCAUCAAGCAGGGAGUGGGACGCCUGGCCCUGGCUCGCUCCUCAGCACCCUGAAUGCCCCCUCUGUUUUAGUUCCUUGUCCAUCCUGGUCCUAACCGUACCCCCUGCAGAGCCAGGAGCCAGGGAUCAGGAAAGCCUGGCUUACCGGUGGGGAGGAGAGGGCAAGAAAUAUGCCCUCAACAUACAUAUGAUUUGCUUCACACCUCUUCUGUCAUCAGUGCUGAACCUAAACUUUCAGUACAGGAUAUUUCGGCUACUGAGAUAGAAAAGAGUCUCGGCCUUGCAGUAAUUAAUCUGCCUCCUAGGAAAGAUUUUGAUUAACAUUUCUAUUUCACCUUAAAGAAAAAGAUGUGUAAGACCUAAACUUUUUGCAAACAGUCUUUUUAGGGCUGCACAGAGAGAGGUUUUCUAACGACUGAUGUUUGGUUUACGAGCAGGAAGACCAGAGUGGUCCCUCAGUUUCCAGUAUCUUGGAAAGAAAGUAUUUACUCUCCCUGAGGGAUUGUUAGCAGAUUCACUUGAAAGCCCUUCUCAGUGUGACAUAUGGAUAUGAUGAUAAAAUGCAAGUUAAUACCACAUUCUUGGUUACUAGGAACAAUCAUCUUUAUUCAUUCUAACACCUAAUGGAGUGAUCAAUAGCAGCUUUAAAAAGACCACUGUAAGUCAUAUUUAACUCAAAUAAGGUUUUGUAUUGUAUUUCAAUCAAAUUACACUUUCUGCUGUUCUUUACUGUCAAUUUCUGCUUUCUUCUCCAUUCAUAAAUUUUUGUUUCACAGAUACAUGUGUGACCCUCAGGGCUCUCCAUAACUUUUCUAUUGUUCUUGUAAUGUUAUGCAUAAAUACAGUGUUGUGCUCAGAAAUUCUUCCAUAGAGCUGAAAUGUCUGUGUUCCCUUCUGUUGAGCAGAAGCACAACUUACCUACCAGAACAGACAUUGAAGAACCAGAGAGGUUAUUACACCUCUAGUUUUCUGGUAAAGGGAUAAAGAUUGUUGUUCCAUUAAAGGUGCUGGGGACUCUCUCAGUCCUUCAUCUUGCAUGACAUGAGUGAUGCUUCUGACACUGGGGCAAAAGAAAGCAGCGUGCAAAAUGGAAGGCACAGCACAGAUUCAGGAACAACUUGAUUCUCCUAAACAGCAAGGUGCUGAACACUUGCCAAAAGUUAAACCACAAGAACUAGUCAUGAAGACUUCUGCUGAGCCCACAAAGAAUUAUUUUUCUUAGCCUUCUCAUUCAAUACCUCUCUCCCCUUCUUUUCCCCUCAGAAAUCAUCUGACAGUUGUAUUUAAGUUUAACCAGAUAUCUCAUCUCUGCAGCUUCUCUGACUGCAAUGAAAAAUUAAUUACAGGCCCAAGGAGAAGACCAAAUAGUUCAGGAUCAGAUUACUUUAAACCUUAACUGACCUACAAUGUCACCUUACUCACUUUCCUUCUCAAAGUUAUAAGCUACGCAGACUUUGAAAGCCUGUCCCAAUUUUUUCAUUUUCCUCCAGCCCUCCAGUCCAGCUUUUUGUCUUCUCCUGUUGCAGGAUCAGGAAGUUUCUUACUAGAUUCUGUCUGACCUUUUCACAGAUUCAGUCCUUGGGGCAGGGAGAACAUUGUUGGUUUUGUUGGGGGUGGGUUCAUUUAAAAAAAAAAAAAAAAAUAAGGUGGCUAUUGAAAGUUUAAAAGAAAGCAUCACCAGAAUAUGGUUCUGAGUUGGACCAAACAAUAUCUUUUCUAUAAACCAAUUUCUUGGCAAAAGGUAAAUUCUUUUUGAAAAAAAGUUCACGUCUUAACUCCUCACGUUUGUCAGCUCUCUGCAAUAAAGGGUGAAUAAUCAGUCUGUCUGGAGAAAAAAUACUUUUACUCAAACAGACUAAAAAGAGGUCAUUAUUCACUAAAACUAUAUUUUUCCAAGCAGUUCUGUGCUGUAUAGUAAAAUAUGUUAAUAUUGCACGAAGGCGAAGUAAUAUUUUUGUUUCAUCUUCCCUCUGCACUAACAUUAAUGGAAUGUGUUUGUGUCAUUUUCUCUAAUAAUCGUUUUUCUUGUGCAGUGUCUUCCCAGGUCUUGCCCUCUCUCUCUAUACAGGUAUCAGGUUAAGGUGGAGCUGGGAAAAUAUAUAUAAUUAUUUAUUGCCUAGCUCUAAGUCCAGGCAGGAGUUGACACUUUCCAAGGGCUCUGUUUUCUUUUAUUGGUAUUAUUAUGGAAAAUUAAACCCCUGAGGAAAUGGUAUACAUUUUCUUAAAAUUGUAUAUUUAACAUGUAUCUCUGUA